AUGACCAACACUAACCGUCGCUCCGUCAACAAAUCCAACAACAGGAGGUCCAACAACCGCCGUUCCCGUCGUUCUCGUCGUCGUUCCGGGUAUGCUUUGGCCAUGUGAAAAGAAGCAUUGCGUUAUGAUGAUAUUCUAUAUCUUCAGAUGGUUCCGUCGUCGUGUGAUUGAGAGCAGCAGUACGUCCGACAGAAGUGCUGAAUCCGCGGCCUCGAAUUCCAAUUCGAUCUCCAGUCUCAGCCAACGAAUCCCUUUCCUGAGAUCGUUGUCUUCGCUGACAGGAGUCUCCACUCCUCCAGCCACUCCUGCCUCUUCCAAUGCUUCCAGUCAAACUGCUAUUCCAGCUCCGGAUUUCGGUCCUCAACCUCCGAAUCCAUUCAAAUGUAAGUGUAGUGAUGAUGAUAUUUGCGGUAUUUUUUACUGGUCAUAUUUUAUGUAUUCUUUUGUUUUUUUUUCAGUGUUGGCUCCAGAUCCGAACAAGUUGGUUUUCGAAUGUCAAUUGGCCCACGGCAGUAAGACGGUGAAGAUCACGAAUGUGAGCGGCCUGAGUGACAUGUACAAGGCCAUUGCGGAUCAAUUCCCUGAUAUUUCUGCGGAGGAUAUCCUUUUCUGCACCGUGAAUACUCACAAAGUAGACAUGGACAGACUUCUCAGCAGCAAUCUCGCCAUGGAUGACUUCAUCUUUGCUCAUGUCAAGGGGCAGAAGAAAGAGGUCACCUUUGUCAAGAAGGCUGGGUAAGGUGAUAAAACCGGAAAGUGUUUUGUCAGAGAUUACUCAAUGUUAUAUCAGAUGUUACGCAAUAAUGUUUUGAUUUUAGUGUGCUCGGCUUGACCGUUACGGACAAUUCGAAUGGCUUGACUUUCAUAAAGAGAAUACUCCCGGACUCUGUUUGUGCCACUGUCCAGCCGGCCAUUGAUAUUGGAGAUCACAUUGAGAAGAUCAAUGGUGAAUCUGUGAUUGGAAAGCGACAUUUCCAGGUCGCCAGAAUCUUGAGAGCCCUUCCAAUUGGAACUCAGUAAGUUUUUUAAUCUUCGAUUAAUCUAAAUUACGUUAGGUUGACUCUCCGUCUGGUGUCGCCCUUCAAAAAUGGAUUCUCUUUCUUGGCCGCACGGUCCGAAGUCCGUCCUCGAGCUUCUCAAGAUGUCGGAGAUGGCUGCCAGACUCUCAGAUUCUUUGCCAAUGGCCAGUCGACUGUUCAGGAAGCCCCGAACAAGGUUCUUUUGGCCAAGAUCAACAAAGUUUUUGAGGAAUAUCUGGGAGUCAACGACGAUGAAUUGGCCUUGAGUAUCUGGGAAUUGGGGCGUGGAUGUGGAGAUUUGAUGGAAAUGGAAGACAAAUUGAGGGCUUCGGAAGACCUGAGUGCCUUCUCUUUCCCCGAUGAGCUCAUCUUUGAUAUGUGGGGAAUCGUCGAUGAUCACAAGAACAACAGGAUCCAGAAAGAGAAGGAAAUGGACGACGGAAAGAGUGCUCAUCCUGACCUUAAGAUCGAAUAA